UGUGGCCCCAGUGUGCCUUACUUGCUGAACUUGGAAGGGGAAGAUGUUCACCAGUCCUCCGAGGGGUGGAUACCAGUGUUCGCCGAUGCAGAGCAGAAACUGUCUGUCAUGUCGAUCGGUUUCCUCCUUAAAAGUCAGAACGACAGUGUGGUCUGGCGCGGACCUAAGAAGAACGGCAUGAUCAAGCAGUUUCUAACAGAUGUAGUUUGGCAGGAUAUCGAUUACCUGAUCAUCGACACACCACCUGGCACCUCCGACGAGCACAUUACAGUCAUGGAGAACUUAAGGUUAAAUAGUGAAUAAUAAUAUUGUACAUAUCACUUAUUUGCUGCGACAUAACUCAG